AUGCAAUCAGGUUUUGCUCUCCUAGAAUCAGGAUGUGUCAGCCGAAAAAACGAAGUCAAUGUUCGAAUGAAAAAUAUUGUAGACAUGGUUUUCGGAGGUCUCACUUACUGGAUGUUCGGUUAUGGCAUGAGUUACGGCACUGACAAGGGAACAAAUCCAUUCUUCGGGGUUGGCAACUACUUCGUCGACACUCCCGAGGACAAUAUGGGCUACUUAUACGCCACAUACGUCUUCCAGCUUUCAUUUGCUUCUACAGCAACUACAAUAGUAUCUGGAGCAGUUGCUGAAAGAUUUCAUUUCACUGCCUAUUGCGUUUACUCCUUUUUCAAUACUUUCAUCUACUGCUUGCCUGCUGGAUGGAUUUGGGCCAAACAUGGAUUCCUCAAUCAUCUCGGUGUCGUGGACAUUGCUGGAUGUUGUCCUGUUCAUCUGGUUGGGGGAGCUUCAGCGUUAGUUGCCGCAUGUUUGGUGGGCCCAAGGCAUGAAAGAUAUACUGAUGAAAAGAAAUUUGCAAUCAUCAAUUCUCCCACGAAUGCUAUGCUUGGGAUGUUCAUACUAUGGUGGGGAUGGCUUGGAUUCAAUUGUGGAAGUACUUUUGGCGUUACCGGGGCGAAAUGGAAAUAUGCCUCCAGAUCUGCAAUCACUACCAUCAAUGCUUCAAUUGGAGGUGGACUGGGAUCUUUGAUAUUCAGUUCUUUGGUAUACAACAGAAAAUUUCUCAUUUCACAUUUAAUCAAUGGUAUCUUAUCCUCUUUAGUUGCUAUAACAGCUGGUUGUGCCCUUUACAAUCCAUGGGAAGCUUUGCUUAUAGGAUUCGUCAGUUCUCAAUUAACAUGUAUCGCAAUGCCCGUAUUGGAUGAUCUGAAGAUAGACGAUCCGGUGGGGGCGAUUCCAGUCCAUUUAGUGGGAUCUAUAUGGGGUAUGAUAUCGGUUGGACUGUUUGUUGAGGAAGAUUCCAUGCUGUUGAUGAGCAAGAAACAGGCUGGACUGUUCUAUAAAGGAGGAUUUUACUUGAUGGGAAUUCAACUACUCUCUCUUUUAGUGGUGGGAGUUUGGAGCGGUAUUACAACUCUUAUUUUGUUGAAGGUAAUUAACCUUAUUAUUCCCAUAAGAAUGAACUUAGAAGAUGAAGAAAUCGGAGCUGAUUCAGUUGAACAUAAUAUAAAGCAUUACACAACAUCGCAAAUGAGACAAAUUUCAGCUACUAACUCUCACCUUUUCUAACUGUUUACCUCAUCAGA